AAAACCAUUUCUCAAAAGUCAAAAUCCUACAUUCUCUUGCACGAUACUCCCACUCUCACAAUAGGGUUUUUAUCUACCCAGUAUUCUCACUAUUCAGCUGCAUUUCGUCUCUCUCUAUCUCUCCAUUGCCGCCUCCAUUAUCGUUUCUUUGAGUGAAUUUUGAGCAAAAAAUGUUGGACAUAAACUUAUUCAGGAAAGAUAAAGGAGGAGAUCCUGACAGAAUCCGCGAAUCUCAGCGCCUUCGUUUCGCCGAUGUUGCGAUUGUUGAUGAGAUUAUCGAACUCUAUGAUGAAUGGCGCAAACGUCAACAUGAGUAUGACAACUUGCGCAAGGACUUCAAUAAGAUCAACAAAGAGGUUGCGCGUUUGAAAAUAGCUAAAGAGGAUGCAUCUGAAAUGAUAAGAAGUACAGAAGAGAACAAGAAAUCAACUGCAGAAAAAGAUGUUGAAGUUCAGGAAGCUAAGGCUAAAUGGCUUGCCAAAUUGGAAUUGGUUGGGAAUCUAAUUCAUGAUUCAGUUCCUGUCAGCAAUGAUGAGGCGAACAAUGCUGUGAUUCGAACAUGGGGUGAAAAACGAGUGGAGCCGAAGUUGAAAAAUCAUGUGGAGCUUGUUGAGCUUCUUGGGUUAGUAGAUAUGAAGAAAGGCUCCUAUGUUGCUGGUGGAAGAGGUUUUUACUUGAAAGGCGAUGGUGUGCUUCUGAAUCAAGCUUUGAUAAAUUUCGGUCUUGCAUUUCUAUCAUCAAAGGGAUAUACACCAUUAAUGACCCCAUUCUUUAUGCGAAAAGAGAUAAUGGCAAAAUGUGCACAAUUAGCCCAGUUUGAUGAAGAACUUUACAAGGUAACAGGUGAGGGUGAUGACAAAUAUCUGAUUGCCACUGCUGAGCAGCCACUAUGUGCGCUCCACAUGGGUGAUUGGAUUCAUCCUUCGCAACUCCCAAUAAGAUAUGCUGGAUACUCAUCGUGCUUCCGGAAAGAGGCAGGGUCUCAUGGAAGAGAUACUCUUGGAAUUUUCCGUGUUCAUCAGUUUGAGAAAAUUGAACAAUUUUGCAUCACUAGCCCAAAUGACAAUGAAUCAUGGGAGAUGCUCGAGCAGAUGAUAAAGAACUCAGAAGAAUUUUAUCAGCAGCUGGGUCUUCCCUACCAGAUUGUGUCCAUUGUUUCUGGUGCCUUGAACGAUGCAGCUGCAAAGAAGUAUGAUUUGGAAGCUUGGUUUCCUGCAUCUAGCGCAUAUAGAGAACUGGUGUCAUGUUCGAAUUGUACAGAUUACCAGUCAAGAAAAUUAGAAAUUCGAUAUGGCCAAAAAACGAACAAUGAACAAACGAAACAAUACGUUCAUCUGUUGAAUUCUACCCUGACAGCAACUGAAAGAACCUUGUGCUGUAUUCUGGAGAACUAUCAGAAAGAAGAUGGAGUUGAAGUACCAGAAGUUUUAAGACCGUUCUUGGGCGGAAAGACCUUCUUGCCUUUCGUGAACAAACCUGUCACAGAAGCAAAGGGAAAGAAGUCUAAAGCUUAAGCCUUAAUGUAUGUCUACAAAUCAUAGAUUUUAAAUUAGAAACUUUUGAAAAUCAAGGUCGAGAUUUUUGCAUUGUUUUAACUUUUUGAGAAAUAUGGAUUAUUAGUGGUAUCAUUUACAAGAUUGAGAGGAUGUGCACAUUUAUUUUGUGUAACAUUGCUUAGCUUACUAUGACAAUGAGUCAAUGAUUAUCAAUUGUGGUUGGUUUAAGGUUUGUGCAUUUGCCUCGUCUUUGCCAUUUAUUCGAGUAACAUUGGAGCUUUUUAUAAUAUCGGUCUACAUUUUUUUUUUCUCA